UGGAUUUUGAGAGCCAUCGUAGGGCAAAGCAAGCCGGGAAAACAGCUGGGGAGAGCAAAUUAAGCCUCGGUUGCCUGCAAACAACCUGGAGGGGAAAAGAGCAUUUUUCCGAACUCUCCCCCCUUUUCUCCCCCGCUCUUUUCUAUGUCCUGAAAUGCUUUCAUUGCCUGAUCAGCUCCACAGCGCCAGAAAUUGUGUUGCUCUCGUUUCGGCUGUUUAUAAAACCCUCUCUGUGUCCAAUGUGGCCACUGCAAACGUUGGGGCCACUAUUUUUCGUCAUAAUCCCGAACGGAAGGUCUGCUAGCCAACAUCACCAUGUUCAGCAAGAAGAAGAAACGCAUUGAGAUCUCGGCCCCUUCCAAUUUUGAGCACCGGGUCCACACUGGGUACGACCAGCAGGAGCAGAAGUUCACGGGGCUGCCCAGGCAAUGGCAGGGCAUCAUCGAGGAGUCGGCCAAACGGCCCAAGCCCUUGAUCGACCCCGUCUGCAUUACGGCCGUCCAGUCUGGCUCCCAGAAGACCAUCGUGCGGGGCAACAAAACGGCCAAGGACGGCUCCCUGGCUUGGUUGCUGGAUGAGUUUGAGAACAUGUCGGUGUCGCGCUCCAAUUCCCUGCGGAGGGACAGCCCCCCUUUCCCUCCCCGGCAUGACCAGCUCUACCAGGAGAACGGCCUGAUUGAAGCCAGGCCCCAUCACUAUCACCAUCACCAAGAAGACGCCGGCGGAGGCAGAGGCAAGGAGUUCAAGGAACGGAACCGGCACUCGGCGGAGCAAAGCCGAGAGCCGCGGAGCAAGGACGACCGCGCCCCCGGCAAGUCUCACCAGCCCCCUGGCCACCAUCGGCCACCGCCUCCCGAGUACCACAACAAGCCCGCCCCAGACCACCACCACCACCGGAACCGAGACGGGCGGAAGGAGCCCCCCGACCGCGUGGUCCGGAGGGAACGCCCCGACGUCCCCGACAAACGGCCCAAGUCCUCUUACACGGGCGAGGCCAGCCCGCAGUCCCCCCGGGAGAAGCGGCCCCUCUCUGGCCCCAAUAUCCGCACCCCCAACAUCCCUGUCUCGGAGGGGGUCAUGAAGACGGCGCAGCAGACCGGGCGGCCUUUUAACACUUACCCGAGAGCGGACACGGACCCUGUGCGGGGCGCUCAGGGGGAGCAUAGACCUGGGAAACCCCAAGAAACCGCUUCCAACGGCCCGCUGAGCGGAAACAGCAGCUCUUCCCGGGUGCCCCCGUCCGUCCCCCCAAGAUCCAGGAUCCCAGAGGCCCCCCACCCGGGACUCUCCCAGCACGCCUCGGACCCCCACUUGACACACAUCCCGGCCCACCCGCCCUCCUACUCCCCGCCGCAGCCCCCUUUGGGCCCACCGCCUCAGCACCUGCCUCCGCAACCGCACCAACAACCGCCUCCUCCGGGCCCACCUCCCACAGCCCCCCAGCAGCAGCAGCACCAGCCCCGCUCCCCGCAGCGCGAGCCUCAGCGGGUCUCCCACGAACAGUUCCGGGCCGCCUUGCAGAUGGUGGUGGACCCGGGCGACCCCCGCACCUACCUGGACAAUUUCAUCAAGAUCGGGGAGGGCUCCACGGGCAUCGUCUGCAUCGCCACCGUCAAGAGCAGCGGGAAGCUGGUGGCCGUCAAGAAGAUGGACCUGCGGAAGCAGCAGCGGAGGGAGCUGCUCUUCAACGAGGUGGUGAUCAUGAGGGACUAUCAGCACGAGAACGUGGUGGAGAUGUACAACAGCUACCUGGUGGGCGACGAACUAUGGGUGGUGAUGGAGUUCCUCGAGGGCGGUGCACUGACCGACAUCGUCACGCAUACGAGGAUGAACGAAGAGCAGAUUGCGGCCGUCUGUCUGUCUGUCCUGAAGGCGCUUUCGGUCCUCCACGCCCAGGGCGUCAUCCACCGCGAUAUCAAGAGCGACUCCAUCCUGCUCACCCACGAUGGACGGGUUAAACUCUCCGAUUUUGGUUUCUGUGCCCAAGUGAACAAAGAGGUGCCACGGCGCAAGUCCCUGGUUGGGACCCCAUACUGGAUGGCCCCCGAGCUCAUCUCCCGGUUGCCGUAUGGGCCAGAGGUAGACAUCUGGUCCCUCGGCGUCAUGGUGAUUGAAAUGGUGGACGGAGAGCCGCCUUACUUCAACGAGCCUCCUCUGAAGGCCAUGAAGAUGAUCCGGGACAACCUGCCCCCAAAGCUCAAAAACCUGCACAAGGUCUCUCCUUCCUUGAAGGGCUUCCUCGACCGGCUCCUGGUCCGCGACCCAGCCCAGAGAGCCACCGCCAACGAACUCUUGAAGCACCCCUUCCUGGGGAAAGCCGGGCCCCCUUYCUGCAUCGUGCCCCUGAUGAGGCAGAACCGGAUGAGAUGAGGAAAGAGGCGGGCGAAGGAGGACAAUCUACCAAAGAGAGAGAGAAAGAAAGAGGGGGCUCCCACCCUCCUCCCCGCCUGGUCCCCCCCAAAAAGCAGAGGACGGGCCCGGUGCGGGGAGACUUCUCAUAUUGGGGAGCCCCUUUUCUUUCCGGACUUCCUCCUUCUUCUUGCCUGCUGUCGACACUGGAGCCUCAUAUAACUGGAGCCCAUCUCCAUUCUGUACUACUGAGUUGGGGGGAAAAGUGGGGGGGGGAUUGGACUUACGGGGGUGCGGAGGUCUCAAAAAGAAAUGACUAACAGUUUUGGUUGCCGUUUAGUCCUUUGUAAUUAGGGUGGGAGCCGAAAAAACGAUUCAUCUCCAGGCAACGGGCUUCGGGGAGGGCCUUCUUCUCUCCUUUCGUUUUCCAUAAUCAGGAAUUGGAAGAAACUUUUUAGGGAUAUGUGGGGUUGCUCUGGUUGAACGCAGAGAACAUUUUUACUUAUUUCUCUCCAAAUUGCAAAGGGGGGAAAGCGGAGCAACAUCACGAUGACCUCCMAGAGUAAGGCAGGAAGAUCUUUGCUGGAGAGGAGGACAGCUUGAGGCCUGCAAAAAACAGUAAUACUUCCAUUUGUUUUGAACUGCCAAUCAAUAAUUUAGGGUCUUUUACCCAAAUCUGAGUCCUUUUUGCAAAGGUCCAGAUACCUCCAACACUGUUGCAGAAGCGUUGUGCCCAAACUGCCACGAAAGAAGCAAAAUCUCAGGGUGGGUUUGUGUUUAUACCAGCCAUAGACCAAUUUUGGCCCUCCAGGUGUUUUGGACUCCAACUCCCACCAUUCCUAA